UGGAGAGCUAGGGUGACGGCGCUUCGCUCGCAUCCUCCCAGCUGCCCUUUCCUUUCUCCUUAGUCUCCAUCCUCCUUUGCUCCUCCUAGGUUCCGUCCCGAGCGCCCCGGGCGGCUUCGCACGCGGCCUCGGUGCUCCGUCUAGCCCCAGGCCUGCAGCCAUGGCCUGGGCUCCCCCGGGCAGCAGGACGCGGGGCCGGCAGGUGCAGUGGCUGGGGCUGCCUUUGCUGCUCGGCGUGUGGCUGCUGGGCCAGGCAGCCGGCGGGCAGCGCUCGGCGCCGCUGGCCGAGCUGCGCUCGUCCAUCUCGGGCGUGGAGGAGCUGCUGGAGGAGUUCCGCAAGCAGCUGCAGCAGGAGCCGCCGGCGCGGGACCCGGACCACGGCGGCGACGAGCACCGCGAGCGGCCCCAGCAGCGUGCCGGGACGGAAGCCGGCUGCCCCGGCGGCGGCUACACGGUCAAGCCCGACUCCAUCAUCCGCACCAAGGACUCGCUGGGCGCCGGGGCCACCUUCCUGACGGCGCCCGCCGCAGUACAGGACUGGCAGCAGUGCGUGGCCGCCUGCUGCGCCGAGCCCCUCUGCACCGUGGCGGUGGUGGAGCUGCCCCAGCCCCAGGCCGCCGACGACCUCAAGUGCUACCUUUUCAACUGCACCUACCGCGGCCGCAACGUCUGCAAAUUCUCGCUGCACCGGGGCUAUAACAGCUACACCCUGAGCCCGGUCACCGAGAGCCACCGCAACACUACCUCCCGCAUGGGAGGGCCUCCGGGAGGCGGCAGAGGCAGGCCGGCUGCUCCCCCGGCGCCCCCUCGGAAAAAACCGCUGCAGAGCUCCACUCUGGCCGCCGAAGCCGCCUCAUCGCCACCGCAGGAAUAUGAUGAGCCUCCACAUAGCAAAGCAGGACAAGAUGUAGUUCUGCAGCUGCCUACAGAUUGGGUGACUUUGGAUGGCCGAGAAAGUACGGAUGACCAUGCAAUCAUUAAAUAUGAAUGGACUUUGCAGCAGGGUGACUCAUCAUUGGAUAUGAAGGUCCCUCAAUCAGGAAUCCUGAAGCUCUCCCACUUGCGAGAAGGAGUGUACAUCUUCCAGCUGACUGUGACAGACACUGAUGGUCAAAGGAGCUCUGACAAUGUCUCCAUCACUGUCCUCCCCAAGGCACAAACUGCAGUAGAAUGUUUGAAAGUUUGCUCCCGCUAUCAUUUCUUCUGUGAUGACGGCUGCUGUAUUGACAUCACAUUGGCUUGCGACGGAGUGGAUCAGUGCCCUGACAGAUCUGAUGAAGCUUUCUGCCAAAAUGUGAGUCCUGGCCGCAAGACAAUAACCCAUGCAGCUCUAAAUCCAGCCCAGCAAAGAACUGUGGGAUUAACUGAAGAUGCAGACAGAAGUCUCCUGUCACAGAACAUCCCGAAAACCACAAGGAAACAGCUGCUCUCAUCAGCUAAUGCAGACAAGAGUAACCAUUCAGUCUCUCAGGGACCAAAGAAUCAAAUGAAUGCUUUAAUGUCAGGAGCAGUUUCCCAGCAGACUGCAACAGAGCCAUCAACCUACUCUCACUCUGAGCCAGAUAAUAGCUCCUCAGGGAAAGACAUAGAUGAGAAAAAGGGAAAUUAUAUUCCUGAGUCAAAGAGCAAUCGAAUAGAACAUCCAAUUCCAGAAACAGGUGCAGUCUUACCCCUGGCACUAGGUUUGGCCAUCACUGCUUUGCUCCUCCUCAUGAUCGCUUGCCGACUUCGAUGGGUAAGACAGAAACUCAAAAAAGCCCGGCCCAUAACAUCUGAGGAAUCUGACUACCUCAUAAAUGGGAUGUACCUAUGAGCGACAUGUUUCUUAGUGGCUGAGGAGGACGUUUCCAUUGAUAAUUUAUCUAGGUGUCUGAUUCUAGAAAUUAACAUUUUUUUGGACUUGUUCUAAGAAUGCUGAGAAUAUUAAAAAAAAUCCUCGUCAAAUCCAAAAACCUUUAGUCUUAUUCCUUUUAACUAUAGUUAAAAUCUCUUGCUCUGACAGUACUUGAUAACUAUUGAUGUGUCUAUAGUUGUUCAUGGGAUUAAAAUAAAAUAUAAGUCAAAGACUGAUUAUAGUAAGCUGUGCCUGAAAAUAGAGAUAUGUCAUGUAAGCCGUUCUUGCAGGCAAUACAGCAGCUCAGGGAGAUGGCCAUUGUGUGAUAGUGUUAGCAUUUCACCUCACCCAUUGAUAUACACACACACAUAGAUAUUUCAUAUAUCUAUGUAUGUGUGUGUAUGUAUAUGUAUAUAUACACAUAUAUAAAAUUAUGUGUGUAUAUACAAUGUCUAUAUACAUAGAUAUAUAGUUAUAUUCACAUAUUGAAAACCAAGGCCAACUAGAAAAUAAGUGAAGAUUGUCUUGGGCAUCGCUAGCCUUCCCUUUCUCUGCUUUUUCUGUCCCCUCCCCAUUUUAGGUACUCAGUGCCUUCCCCCUCAAUCCCCAUCAAAACCUGCUCUCAGGAAUAGAUUUCAUAUCCGUCAUUUCUACUUUCCUGUGAAUUUAUGUUACCUCUCCUGAAGAUCUGUACUUUGAUUCUUCUCUUUGUCAAAAAUAAGAUGCUUUAUUCCCCAUUAAAUGAAUUUCAAACAUCAGCGAGCAGGUGGGGGAAAUAAGGAGAUGGGGCAAAAUAAUUGGGAAUUUGGUUUGAAUUUGGAUCUGAAGAGGCUAUAGAAUGAGAGGGAAAAGGUGAUGCAGGAGAUUAAAUUGGAGGUGGGGUGGGGGAGAGAGGUUUACAGAAGGAAUUUACUCAUUUUCCUUAUUCUAACUUCUCAUGUCAUUGAUUGAGUAAUCAACAUUUCUUAAGAGUUCCUGAUAUCCUCAUUAGUUCUUUGUUAUGUCUAACACCCAGCUCUCCUUAAGAGUACAGCCAAGCCAUUUACAUAUUCACCACAUUUCAGCAGGAUUCUUUGUCUUUUCAUUUGAUUUCAUUUUUCCUUGAUGGACAAACACUUUCGGUGUACUUGCCAGCAAAAUGUUGACAAAGAUGCCAAGCAACUUUUGAUAGCCGUAGUUCCUUGGUUUAGUAAAACAUACCUGGUCUUGCAAUUUAAUUUUUUAAUUCUCUUUUUGUCUAUAAAUCAACAUUUAAUAACUCAGUCUCAGCCACUCAACAUCAAAUAUACACAUUUUAGGACUUGCUAGCAUUUUCAGAUGGAGCUGUCGUCUGACUCAGCCACUCAAGCUUUUCGGUCUGUAAGGUCUUGAAAGAUUUACAUGAUGCAGGCGCUCAUUUAAUAAUACUAGGAUGAUGUAACUAGAGGCUGCCAUAUUGAGCAAAAAUACCAUUGGGGAGAUAGAUACACACACAUUUAUAUCUCCUGCCAUGCUACUUCCAUGGACUGCAAAAACAAAAACUGUCCAUGAAUGCCUGUGGCAAAUCUUCAAAGCCUUUUGAAAAACAUCUCACAGAACUAUUUAUUUAGGUAACCACAAGGCAAGCUGACCCUCUACUAAAAGACUUGAAUUGGCAUAGAGAUAAAUUAUGUGACUACACUAUCACAAUAGUAAGCAAAACACUAGUUCUGAGGUCAGUGCUGUUCCUGUAAGCAUGAAUCUGAUUUUCUGGCCAAAUUUUUGAACACAUUGUACAAGUAAGAAAUCAUCUCAGCUUCCCAAGAAAUUCCAGACAUUUGCCAACUACACCUUUAGCACCCAGCAAAGCAUUAAGCUUUUCCCAAGGGCAGUUUAUGGAGAUGUAAAUAUUAUCUAUGAUGUUGUGUAGUUUAUUUUCAUGUGUCAGGAUGUCACUCCUAGCCAUAGCCAAUAAAAUUGAGACAGAUAAGGCAUGCAUCUUCCUGUAGGUCAUCUUUUGUACUUAAAGAAUUAAAACCAACUUUAGGAUUGCUGUGGUAUACAAAUACUUAAAAUAAGCUGUCUAUGUAAAAUAAUAUUGCUCCAAUAAACCCUAUUUUAUUCUUGUCCUUUUACAUUCUUUUUUAUUCAAAACAAAUAUGACUAAAUAGUAGCAUUAGAAGAGUAUGUAUACAUGCUGAUAGAGACGUUGAUGGAGAAGAUCAAGAUGCUUGAGUGGUUAAACAAAAUGUCAGGGGGGCAGCUAGGUGGCGCAGUGGAUAGAGCACUG